AUGGCCGACUCCAGACCCAAGAAAGCCAAGAUCUGUCUCUGCAUAUUUCUGUGUCUUCUGGUGGCGGGGGUCAUCGCGGUGGUGGUCGGAGUCCGGAUGUGGCGCCACUCGUCCGAGCACAAGAAGUGGAACGGGACGGGCAGCACUGCCCAUUUUCAAGAAAUCGCCCUGGAGCGAUGCUACAACUACACGCAGUUGGUGCAGCCGGAGCUCAGAGAUAGAGACUGCCAAAAGAUCAGGGAGGCAUUCAGGAAUGCAUUUAUCUCUAAGGACCCCUGCAGUGCGACAGAGGAAGACUACCACCCACUGUUGAAGCUGGUGAAGCAAACUGUGCCUUGUGACAAGACAGUCUUUUGGAGCAAAACCAAGGAGUUGGCACAUCAGUACACGAAGGUCCAGCGAGAGAUGUUCACCCUGGAAGACACACUGCUGGGUUACAUUGCGGAUGACCUUAGAUGGUGCGGAGAUGCAGGCUCUUAUGAAAUGAACUAUCAGUCUUGUCCACACUGGAAGAAAGACUGCAGCAACAACUUUGUUUCUGUAUUCUGGGACUUGCUGUCCAAAAGGUUUGCAGAAAAUGCCUGUGGUGUGGCCCAGGUGGUGCUCAAUGGAUCCAUCAGUAACGCCUUUGAUAGAAAGAGCACUUUUGGACGUGUGGAAGUCCAUAACUUGAAUCCAAUGAAGGUUCAUACGCUACAGGCUUGGGUGAUCCAUGACCUUGGAAAAUUUCCCAGUGACUCCUGCUCGGGUUCCUCCAUAAAUGAUCUGAGAUGGAUUGUAAUGCAAAGGAAUAUCAAAUUUACUUGCCACGAUAACUACAGCUCUGUCAAGUUUCUUCAGUGUGUGAAAAAGCCUGAGGAUUCGUCUUGCAGAUGA